AUUUUCUUAUUUAAUCAUUGUCCCCGUAAAAAUUACCAGAGAUUCUACAAAUAAAACUAUUUGGCACCAUUGUUAAAAAACAAAUCUCGAAAAUGAUCAAUAUUUUUACAAAAACAAAAAAUAAUUUUUAAAAAAUUUCCAAACUUGUUUAAUUUUUUCUUUUCUUUUUCCUUUUCAAAUCUUUUAUUAAAAACUAGCUCUAUUUUUUAAAAUUAAAUUCCUUAGGGCCCCUCUAAAAAGGGAAAAUAAUCAAUAAAAAAGUGUAUUAGUGGGUAGAUAAUCACGUAAUUAUCCUUAAUCAAGAAACUAUUUAAGGGGUUUAGCCGUUUUUUGAGGUUUUAGGGUUUCACACUCUCCACUUUGAACUUUUCUUCUUUCUUUAUAAUUUUUGCUUUUCAAGUUUUUUGCAUUGGCGGCUAGGGCUUCCAAGUCUUAGAGUAGAAGAAUACAACUGAAUACGGUUUAAAAGAAUUGAUACCGGAAAGGGACUAUGAGUUUUUCUGAUCAACCGCAUGCUCCCUCGAACUUUAUGCCAAUGCCAUUCUCUGGUGGUGAUGGUGGAGAUGUCUGGCCUCAUUCUCCGAUGAACCACGAGCUCUAUGAGUCCUAUUCUCAGUUUGAACAUGUUCCUUUCAAGAGAAUGAGGGAUUCCGAUAACAACUUGCCAAAUUCUUCAACUUACCCUGCUAUGAAUUCCAGAGUGAAUCUACCAAAUCUUCCAGGAGGCAAAGGGACGAGUCAUAUAUUUUACAAAACCCGCAUGUGUGCCAAGUUCUUAGAAGGGACUUGCAGGAAUGGGGAACAUUGUACAUUUGCUCAUGGUGUUGAAGAUUUGCGUGAGCCUCCUCCGAAUUGGCAGGAUCUAGUCCGUGAAAAGGAUAGAGGAGCGGAGAAUUGGAAUGAUGAUCAGAAAAUAAUACAUAGGAUGAAAAUUUGCAAGAAGUUUUAUAACGGAGAGGAGUGUCCUUAUGGAGAGAAGUGUAAUUUUCUUCAUGAACGUCCUCCAAAAUUUAAGAACGACAUGCUAAGGCAAAGAGAGAGUUCUGCAAUAAGUAUCGGAACAACGGGGAACAGAAGUGAUCCUGAUCUGAUUGAGAUUAGUAAGCAUGGAAAUGCCGAUUCUGAUGCUGUCCACAUUAAGCCUGUAUAUUGGAAGACAAAGAUAUGCAGCAAGUGGGAGACAACAGGUCAAUGCCCCUUCCGUGAUCGCUGUCACUUUGCUCACGGCCAAUCAGAGUUGCAAAUGCCUACUGGCCGAGUUGACACGGACAUGCUGACGAAUUCUGGCCCCAUUACUCCAAGGUCCUUCUCCGUUCCACUCGUGGACUCUUCUCCGCACACAGUGGUUAAUGCGUCAAUACAAGAAGAAAAAGAGGAAAAGAAAAACCUGAAAUGGAAACUGUCCAAGAAGAUAUGUCGGAUCUAUGGAGAUUGGCUUGAUGAUCUAGUCCCACCGCACCUCUUACCUAGCAAAGCAGACAGCUGAAAAAUCAGGUCACGGUUUAUCAUCAUCCCAGCGACAGCGAAUCGUGCAGUACCAUUGAACAGUUAAUGUGUGAUACAGUUUUUUUAUAUUUGGUGUCAAUAGUUAAAACAUUGAACUGCAUAUUUUUUUGUUAUAGAUAAAAUAAAUGAGGUAAUAUAUCUUAUGGGAUUUCCCAUAGAUUAGAAAGACAGAAAUAUUAAUGUUUCAUUUGUUAUUCUUUUAUUUUGUUUGAGCAGAUUGGCUUUAUAUU